AUGGCACAGAGCGCCAAGCUCCAGCCAAGCUUUGAGGACGUUUUUAAUAUUCUAUCCCAGAUCCCACAAGAUAAACUCCUUAGCCUCAAAUAUAAACUAAAGGACUUGAGAUUUGGGCCCAGCAGAAAAUUACUGCAAGCCAUGGUCCUGCUUACUCUGGGGCAAGAAGCAGAUGCAAGAAUUUGUUUGGAUGCCUUGAGAGAUAACCAGGCAGCCCAGUAUGUCCACCAGACCAAACUGGGCACUGCAGGAGUGCAGGAAGAUGGGGAGGAUUUGCAGCCUCCUCAGCUGGAUGCAGGGGCCAUGGUGCUUCUGGCACAGAUCUACUCAGUGUUGGCACAGGAAAAACUCUGCAGUCAUGAAGCCAUGGACAAAGCCUGCCAGGCUGCCACCAAGGCUUGCAAUGCCAGCAGGGAAACUCAGUGGGGAACACUCAACAGCAUCCCACCUGUGGACCAGGAAAAACAUGGCUCUGCUAUCAGCAUGGACCCAUGUGACAAAUUUCAGACACUGAGAUCUGAUGGAGGCGUAGGAUUUCUCCAGACGGCCAGCCCAAACUACAUGCUGAGAAGUUCUCCAGUUCAGAUUGGAGGCAACUCACACCUUUCAGGCCCACGGACCUUGUGCUCCUUGGGGAGUCCCUCCUUCCCCAGUCACUUUGAGAUCAGUUCAUCACCAACAGUUGUUUUUCACACUCAGCCUUCUUCCCACGAGUGUGACCCCCAGCCCAGCCGGCCGUGCAAAGGGAGCACCAGCAGUGCUGGACAGCCUGACAGGGACGGACAGAGCCACGGCCUGCAGGAAACAAGCUGGGCCAGCAGAACCAACUCUCAUCCCAGGCAGGACACGGAUGCCCAAGUUCCCCAACCAGAGAAUGUUCUGCAGGUCAGUUCCUGUCACCCAACUCCCCCUAUUCCCGAAACGCAGCUGCCCACAAUGGGUGCUGUGAACCAACCUGUCGAAAGUAGUGAUGUUUCCAGCACAGUGGCAGCAGAACCUCAUGCACCGAAAGAAAACAUAGACAAAAAGCAAGAUGAAAAGCAAUUAUCUACAGGUCUUCCUGACUCAAGAGCUACAGUGGAUACUGGUCCUGCCCACACAUCCAUGAAGGACUCUUGUGUUCCAGCAGGCAUUCCUUCUAACUCUGCACCUCCUUCCAUUUCAACCUGUUCCCUUCCUCCUCCUACCUAUUCCUUGUCCUCAACCCUUCCCUCUCCUCUUCAGGGAUCUCCUUCCAACUUAUUUUAUCCCCCACCCCUCCACUCAUCCCUCUCUCCAGCCUGGCCUCCUCCUCUCCAAACUGUAGAACCAGUGCCCACAUCAGAGCUAGAUGGUGGAAAGUUCUUCACUUUUGUAGUCCUGCAUGCUAGUGAAGACGAGAUUGUUGCCCAUCGGGUCAAAGACCUGCUGGAGAACAUGGGGGUUCCCAAUGGUGCCACACUCUGUGAGGACUUCUUCGUUGCCGGGCGCAGCCAUAUGACUUGCUUCCAGGAUGCUAUGGAAAACUCUGCUUUCAUCAUCCUUCUGCUGACCAAGAACUUCCCGUGCGACCUGUGUAUGUUUCAGACAAACACUGCUCUGAUGGAGUCAAUCCUGAAACCAUCCAAGCGCGACUCAGUCAUCCCUUUCGUACCCAAGGAGAACCCCCUGGACCGGAGUCAGAUUCCCAGCAUGCUCGGUGGGCUGAUGCCCUUGGAUGAGAACUCCCCUGGGUUCUCCAGGACAGUGCAGAACACCUUUACCACCAGCAGGAUCAAUGAGAGGAAAGCCGUGUGGGGCCUGAUGCAGAAAAGGAAACUACAGCUGUAUCAGGAACGGUAUCAAACACUGCAGAACUUAGCUGCCCUGAACCUUGGCUCUCUUCCUCAGAUGCCUCCAUCAGCAACACGGCCACAGCUGCAGGAGCAGUCACCCCGACAGUGGUGCCCCCCCACUUUGACCGUUCCUCCUGCCACAUACCCACCUCCUCCCGCUGGUCAGCCCAUGCCUGCUCAGAUGGGUCCCUCUCCUUUCCAACCACUUCAUUUCCCAUCAGGCCACUACAACAUGAUGCCAGGUCCCGGAGGCAUCCCGCCCCUCAUCAUUCAACACGCUCGAAUGGUUCAGAUUGGGAACCACAACACGAUGCAGGUAGAAACUGUCACACCAGGUCCGCAGGACAGGGAGGAAGAAACCAGGUAG